AUGUCACACUCCGAUCAACCCACAGGCAAAGCCAUCUACCCAGAUAAUGCCACAAAUGAGCCUGAGCUUCCCGCCGAGGGCCAGGUCGAGGCUCAGACCGAGGGCGCUGAGGUCGACCAAGGCCUGGAAGCAUUGAUCAAUCUUACCAUCAAGCUCCCUCACGAACCCGGUCAGAUGCAGAUCACGGUCUCUCCUCAAGAGCAAGUCCAUGAAGUUCGGCAGUCCAUCAUCGACUUGCCCGUGGCGUUCCAGUACACCUGCUUCCACUUGGAACAUCGAGGCGAACGCAUUAACGACUUCCUUCCUAUCUCGGAUAUACAAGGCUUGAGCGAGGACCCUGAGGUCACGCUGGUCGAGGAGCCUUACACCGAGAAGGAGGCUCGCAUACAUCUGGUUCGAAUUAGAGAACUCAUUGGCGCCGCCGGAGACCGUACCGAUGCUGUCCAAGGUGUUCUCCCGGGCCUGUCUCUUCUCGAUACCGUCGAGCCCCCGUCGGAAGAGCAGUCCAAUGCAGAACAGGUCCAUUCCCAAGCCGCCAAGGGGGAUGCCACUAAAAAUGAGUACACCUUUGGUGCGCCGGUCCCGCUUUCCACUCUGCUUCCCCCAGCACCCGAGGAAGAAGCUCCGAAGACUAUCAAGUCUAUCUCUUUGUCGGCCUGGAACCCCCCGCCCCCUCACCUCAAGCAACGAGGCCACCUCUUGUACCUUGUGGCCACGACCAAUGAGGGCGAGCAGCACCAGAUCACAGCUCACGUUGGCGGCUUCUUCGUCAACAAGUCCUCCAACCAGAAGUUCGAUCCCUUUCCUCGACCUGCCCCUAAAGGCCAGUCGGCUCACUCACUGCUGAAUCUACUUGACCUCAUUUCACCAUCUUUCUCGGCCUCUUUCUUGAAAUUCCAGGAGUUCAAUAGUCUUAAGGACCCAUUGGCGACAUUCCAAAUCACCAAUGCCAUUCCCUCGGCGCCAUGGAUCGUACCUUCGGCGUCUUCCCCACUAUGCGCCCAUUCUGCCGACCCCACACGUUCCCAAGAAACAUACUUGAUUGCAGGUGCCGAUAACACGGACACUUUGCGAGACUGGAAUGAAGAAUUCCAGUCAGCGAGAGAGCUGCCGAAAGAGACCGUCCAAGACAGAGUUUUCCGUGAGCGUCUCAUGUCCAAACUUUUCGCUGACUACAACGACGCUGCAACUCGAGGUGCGGUCUUGGUUGCUCGCGGAGAGGUCGCCCCCCUGAAUCCCACGGAAUGCAAGGAUGCUCAGAUCUUUGUCUACAACAAUGUCUUCUUCUCCUUUGGUGCCGAUGGCGUGGGCACAUUCACUUCCGAGGGAGGCGAUGAGGCUGCCCGUGUUGCAACUGGCAAGGACGUGGCUGGUGUCAGGCUGGUGAACCAGCUGGACAUCGAUGGCCUCUUCACACCUGCUACGGUCGUUGUCGAUUACCUUGGUAAACGCAUCGUUGGUCAGAGUAUCGUGCCUGGCAUUUUCAAGCAGAGGGACCCUGGCGAAAACCAAAUCGACUAUGGCGCUGUUGACGGCAAAGAUGUUGUCGCGUCUGACGAGCGAUUCGUGUCUGUUUUCGAAAAGCUGUCGCGCGCUCUCAGGGUCAAAAAGCAUGCUGUCUGGGACAAGGAUGGCAAGCGUGUCGACCUGGAGGCCAGCGUCGAGACCAAGGGCUUGAUGGGCACAGACGGAAGAAAGUACGUUCUGGACUUGUAUCGCGUGACGCCUCUGGAUAUCGAUUGGCUUGAGGAGAAUGAGGAGGGCUUCGAUAACUAUCCUCAUCGUAUGGCGGUCCUCCGCCCCGAAUUGGUUGAGUCGUACGGCAGAAAGAAGAUGAAAGCCUGGGUCGACGAGGAGCUUGCCCAGCGUGGCAAGGCUAAGGACGCGACAAAGGAAGCCCCUGCCGAGUCUAAGAAAUCUCAACAAGCCAAGACCGAGGACGAGAGCGACGGAAGUGAUGACAGUGAGGAGAGUGAGAAUGAAAGCGAAAGCGAAGCAGAGUCCAAAUCCGCCAAGGACCCUCUUAAAGCCGGGAAGCCUGAAAACAACAAGGAGGCAGAGGCAUUGAACGAGUCAAAGGAGUCGAAAGACCACAUUGACCUUUCGAAGUUCCAGUUUUCCCUGAACCCCGAUGUCUUUAGCGGCCAGGUCCCUAAGACCGAUGCGGAGAAGGCUGAGAUGGAGCAGGAUGAAGAGGAUGUCCGCCUCGCCUGCAAGUAUCUUCGAGAGCAGGUCAUUUCCGACCUCAUUCGUGAGCUUACCGACUGCGAGAUUAGCUUCCCCAUGGAUGGUCAGUCUCUUGGCCGUCUCUUGCACAAGAGGGGCAUCAACAUCAGAUACACCGGCAAGGUUGCAACUCUCGCCUCGGAUCCUCGCCUUCAGUGCCUGAAAGACAUUUGCAUCCAGGACAUGGUCGCUCGGUCAUUCAAGCACGUCGCUGCCACAUAUCUCAGACAUCUGCCCGCACCUUUCACAUCGGCUUGCAUUUCCCACCUCCUCAACUGCCUUUUGGGGUCCCAAUUGAACCCCAACCCCCCCGCUGAAAUCGACUCAACUCUGAGGUCUCUGUACUCAGAUGCCGACUUGUCGUUCGAGAAGGCCACGCCCGAGACCAUCCGUGCCAGUAUCGAGGAACAAACCUUCAAGAGAUUCAGAUACCGUCUGGACGCCGAGUGGUUUACUCAAUUCAAGCCCCUCAGCUCUUGCGCAAAGGAAUAUAACUUCACCAGCAGGCCCAUUGAGCAGGCCGUUCCAGCUCCUGCUACCAACGGCACCUCUACAAAUGGGGCCAACGGCGAGAGCAAAAACAAGAAGAAGAAGAAGGCGCCCAAGGAUGUUUCGCCUACCUCCUCGAGCCCGCCGCCUCCCGCCACCGCCUUCACCGCUGACGAUAUCGUCAAUUUCGUGCCAGUGGUCAAGCACUCGUGCCCGCGAAGCGCUCUCGCCGAAGAAGCUCUGGAGGCUGGCCGUAUUUCCAUCAUGCAGGGCCAGCGCAAGCUUGGCCAAGAGCUUCUUCUGGAGUCAUUAUCCCUUCAUGAGCAGAUUUAUGGAAUUCUUCAUCCCGAGGUCGCUCGCGUCUACAACACCCUCUCCAUGCUGUACUACCAACUGGAAGAGAAGGAGGCCGCAGUUGAGCUCGCAAGAAAGGCCAUCGUCGUCUCCGAGAGGACGGUCGGUGUCGACUCCGCCGAGACUCUCCUCAAUUACCUCAACUUGAGUCUCUUCCUGCACCAGGCUGGCGAUAGCGACGCCGCUUUGGUUUACGCCAAGCAUGCGUUGAAGCUUUGGAAGAUCAUCUACGGCGCUGACCAUCCUGACUCUAUCACUACUAUCAACAAUGGGGCUGUCAUGCUGCAACACCUCAAGUCCUACCAUGAGUCAAGGCUGUGGUUCGAGGAGUCCCUUCGCAUUUGUGAGCAGAUUUUCGGCAAGCAGUCCAUCAAUGCUGCCACUCUUCUGUUCCAGCUCGCUCAGGCUCUUGCGCUGGACCAGGACUCCAAGGCCGCCGUCAACCGCAUGCGCGAGUCUUACAACAUCUUCCUCAGUGAGCUCGGCCCUGAUGACAAAAACACAAAGGAGGCAGAGAGCUGGCUUGAGCAGUUGACACAGAACGCCGUUGCUCUUGCCAAGCACGCGAAGGAUGCUCAGGCACGCCGUCUCCGUGCCGGCAUACGCUUCACGCCCAAGGGAUCUCCUUACGAGGCAUCCGCACCCGCUCCUCGCGUGUCUACCACGCAAAACUCUCGUCUGGGCGGUUCCUCGCAAAUGGACUCGCGCAGCAUCGACGAACUCAUCAAGUUCAUCGAGGGCACCGACCAGCAGGCGAAGUCCUCAAAAGGAAGGCCGAGCAGGGGUAACCCGAAGAGAAGAGGCAAGGCCUCUAAGUAA